CCUGCGACUCCUGAAACAGAGACUCGCAGCCAUGCGCCGGCACCUCCACACACUGCAAUCCAGCCCCAGCUCAGAGCCUCCCUCUCCCAGACCUGCACAUGACCCCUGCUGUUUUUUAUCCGCCGCAGGAUCCACAGACUGAACACCCAGUUCCACUCAGCUUUACUGGACACCAAAAAUCCCAAGUACAAGCAACUCACGGGCCCCGGCCACCCACAAGAGGAUUCCUGCGCCUCCAAAAUCCCGAGUCUGUACCUGCCCCGCCGCCAUUGACCAUGAAGACACGGCCGGAGACGCCACCGAUGACGUCACAUCCACCUCCGCCGGCCGCACCACUUCCGGAACCGCUGCUGCACUCAACACCUCCACUUCCAGUGGGAGAGAGUACAAGAGGAAAGGAAACCAAAGCACGCAGCGCCUUCGGCUGAGAGAGAAAUGAAGAAAUGCCGGAGAUUUUCCAAACCCUGACGCAGGGGUUGCCUCUCUCUCUCUCGACAGUCUCUGUGACUGCCCCAUCAAACCCCACACCCAUUCCCGUCCCAUGGUGUCUCUCCACAAACCCACCUCCGGGUAGAAAUGCAAACACAAGUUGCUGGAAAUGCUCAGCAUCUGUGAAGAAAAAGUCCCGAGGUAGCGUUUUGGGUGCGAUGACCCUUUCCCUCAGAGCUCCGGCUAGAAAUGCUCCAGCCUCUGAGACAGGGUCCCCUUGAGGUCGGAGAGCUGCGGCUCCAUCUCGGCUGUUCGCUUGGCAUCAGGAGCUCCCCUCAGCCCCAGGAAGGGGUAUGAUCACCCCCUAACCUUAUACUAACAGUGGUUGUGUCCUUCCCUCAUCCCCGGGAGCCCCUCCUGCCUUCUCACCUUGUCGCCGGGGUGCUAUUUGACUACGGAGGGCUGUGCGAUAAAGAACCUACUUCCCACAGCAGCAGGGGGAGGGGGCAUCCCUUCGCUCCUAAAACACCUCCUCCCAUCCAAUCUUGUGGCAAUGGCUGUUCGGCUGCAGAAAGUGGCACUGCCCGUGACCCCAAACCUCCCUACAACACCCCUCUCCUAAUCCGACCCUUUUGCAGUAGCUGUAGGCCACUCAGUCACUGGGCUGUACAAUAGUGACUCUCCCCAUGUCCACUCACUUCCAGGACGGCUAUCCUCCAACCCCGACCCCAUCCCAUCCGCCUCCUUCCCUUUACCAUGUGGUACGAGAGCUGCAGGCUGGUCGGCGACGGAAACCCGCGCAAGGCUGGGUAAUAGACACCCUCCCAAUGUCCCCAGCCUUCCCCUCACCCGGGGAGGGGAAUUCUCACCCCCAAAACAUCCAUUCCCAACACCUCGCUUUGGGAUAGGAGCGGCGCAGGAUGUGAAACAGGGACCGUGCUCAUGUCCCCAAUCCUCCCUUCACCCCAAACCACCACCCCGCAGC